CCAUCUCACUCAUGUCUGCAUCAAGCAGUUCGUUGCGAGCAGAUCAGAGCAGCCAUGGAUUUUGUUCACAGUCUCCUCAAUUUCUUGCUCCAAUCGCAACCAUCGCUGCACUCUUCUUUCUCACAACGCCUUACAUUGUUCUCAAACUCUUAUGCCAUAUCGCUCGUUCCAUUUCUAAGGAAAACGUGGCCGGAAAAGUUGUACUGAUCGUCGGAGCAUCUUCAGGAAUAGGCGAGCAUAUCGCGUAUGAAUACGCCAGAAGAGGAGCAUGUUUAGUAUUGGCAGCUAGAAGAGAGGAGUCUCCGUGAAGUCGCCGACGCUGCUCUAUCACUCGGUGCACCGGAAGCCAUCGCAAUUCCGGCCGAUGUGAUGAUUGUAAGCGAUUAAUUAAUCAAACUAUCGAUCAUUCUGGACAAUGUAAGUAUCAUUUAUUAUCAUUUCAUCCCCUUUAAAAAAUUUAUGCCAUUUUUUCAAUACUUAAUAGUCGAUCGAGUAUCAUAAUUAACUACGCCUCUUCCACUUGGUCAAAUUAAAGUUGACAUUUACAUCAAAUAUCACAAUUGUAAUGGUAUUAAUGAGCC